AUGGCAACUCAUAAAAAAUAAGUAAACUCACUUUGUAACGUUCGCUUUUUUCCUGAUAAAAUCAAUUCGAGUAAUGGAAUGAAGGCACGUAGUCCAGCUAUUUUACCAUCUCAUAGAAUAUAAUAAUAACGAAGAGUUACAGUGAAUCUGUAUUAAUAAAAUUAGGAAGCACAACCUAAAAAACCUUAAUUAACUAGGUGUGAGAGUUUGGGCAUGUAACCCUAAUUUACAUCUUCAGAAACAUUAACUAAUUUACAUGAAUUAGAAAAUGAUAUUCUAUCUACUGAAGUGGAGACCAUAAGUAUAGAUAAAUUGUAGAAAUGGAGAAGGGCCUUAAUAGAAUAAUGUGAACUUAUAGAAAGAUAGUUGGGCAAGAAAGAAAUUGAUACACAUCAAUAUGCAUUUAGGGUUGUGCCUCAUACUGAAAUGAUUGAAAGGAGAAUAACUGAAGAAAUUUAGAAUAGAGAAAAAUUAUAGGCUUAGACUUCGUAGAUGAUUAAAUAUUAAGAAUAAGAAAUUAAUUAAUUACUUUCAAAAAUCUAAGCGUUGCAAGACUCACUCGAUAAAUGA